ACAUGACGGGAACAAAUACCUCGUCUAGCGUCCGGGCCCGCCGCGGCAAAGCUGCAUCGUCGCAGCCGCCCCUCCGCAAGCAGGACGAUGAGGCGCUUCCUGAAGCUGCAGCCGCCCGUAAGGCCGAGCUCGCCGAGCGCCUGCGCAAGAAGCGGGCAGCUGGGCGCAAACUCGUCACCUACCUCUCAUGCCUGGUUAUUAUUCUGGCAGCCACAGCGUUGGCACUGACGUUCAAGUCGUCGUCCGGCCCGUCUCCGUCACCGAGCCGCCCGGACUCGCCUACCCCGUCGCCACUCUCUGUCGGCGCCGAUGCCGAUCCUGCAGUCCGGGUCUUUUCGCAGGCCGAGCUCGCGGCCGGCGACGGCUCGGAUCCCGACGCCCCGCUCCUGCUGGGCAUCCUGGGCCGGGUCUACGACGUCUCUACCGGCGCUCGCCACUACGCUAAGGAUGGCGCGUACUCGUUUUUCACCGGCCGCGAUGGCUCGGCUGCCUUUGUCACAGGCGACUUUACCACCGCUGGUCUCACCGAUGACCUCACCGGCCUCUCCGACGAUGACAUCAUGGGCAUUGCCGAGUGGCUCGACACCUACGAGCGCCAGUAUGUCCGCGUCGGUGUGGUGGAGGGUGCGUUUUACACGGCCACUGGCAUGCCAACCCCAGCCUUGACCCACGACGUCGCCGCUGCCGUCGCCCGCGCCGCUGCCGCCAAGGCUGCCGAGCAGGACCUGCGCACCCGUUUCCCCGGCUGCAACAUCCGCCGCUCCGCCGGCCAAAAGGGCGAGAUUUGGUGCGAGAACAUGUCCGGCGGCAUCAAUCGCGACUACGUCGGCGUCAUUCGCCAGUUCUACGACAAGGUCUCAGGCUCCAAGCGCUGCGUCUGUGUCCGCAAUGACCUCCUCGACGACCCGCGGCUGCAGCUCUACCCCUCGUGUCCGGACCAGGCUACCCAUUGCUGGAUCGACUAGACCAGGACUUGCCCAGGAUAAACUGAAGCAACAUGCA